GCACUGACAACUCAUGGGGCACCCGGGCAAUAGGGGAUCAUGGGGCCCCUGUGUCCUUGACCACACCCAAAAAAGCCUUAUCAAAAAGCCAAUGAAAGGGUACCAGGGGCAUUUCAUGGGGCCCCCUACUGACCCCGGGCCCUUGAGCAGUGCCCGAGUGCUCAAAUGGUCAGUCCGCCUCUGGUACACACUCACCUUCAGGUACGAACACUUCCAUCAAAAUGAUCGAAAUAAUAUAUAUAUCUCAGUGUAUAUAUACUGUAUUUUUUCCCCCAAUUUUUUUUUAAUUUUUUCAAUUGUA